UCUUUGAAAAAAUAAUUAAAUCAAUCAAAUUGAGGAAAAACUUCAAAUUCAAGUAUUAUUUUUAAAUUUUCGACAUGCCAAACUUAAAUUCACAGUUUAAUAGUUAUUUGACACAUAGUUUAGCAAGCAGCAAAUCGCAAUGGGUUGAAAAAAACGCCAAACGUAAAAAUUAUGAAAGCCCCGAGCCUCAUCCAAUGCCAACACGAUUUCGAAAACCAGGACCUAUGACACAAAAUGAUUGGCAAAGAUUCAAUAAUUGGGUAAAAGAAAGGCAGACCAAAAAGUUUUCAAAUAAAGAUAUAGUCAACGGUCCAAUAAAAAAGCAGCCUCUACCAAAACGAUCUCAAAAAAGAAUGAAUGAACUUGCAAAUCCUAGGCAAAAACGUGAAAAGUUCGACUUAUCUACAUCACAGCUAAAUACUUCCUCACCAAUAACUAACUUUGCAAGAAAUCAAAUGAAUGAUGCCGUAAAAAAUGGUAGUUCUUUAGAAAGUCUUAUAAUACCGAAAUGGUGGUUUCAUGAAGAAUCAGAAAUGAAUUUUUGGCGCAAUAUGAGAUUUAGUGUUAGCAGGAAGGCGCUUAAAUAUAAAAUCUCAGAUCGCAUCGAAAACCUAGCAAAACCAAGGGAAUUUCCAAUCAAACCCCAUUGUUAUGUACCGGAGCCAUUUAAAAGAGUUCGAAUGACAAGCGAACAGUGGAACAAACAUAAGAAACGACUUGAAUAUUUAAGUGAUUCGAAUUUUAAGAAUUCUCGUCAUACUAGUAGUACUACUUCAAGAACUGACGAAGUUUUUCAUAAAAUUCAACCACAAGAAAAACUUAAAGAACAACAACCUUUACCGUACCACUUGAGAAUUCGUGGGUAUUAGAUUGAUAAAUAUAAGAAAAUUAAUAAAAUCUAAAUUAAUUUGACGUAGUCAAAUUCGUGUUAAGUUCAAAUUAAUUUGACAACUACGAAAGCUUAUGUCAAAUUAAUGCUUGAUUUUAUAAUUAAA